CAAAUCGUUUUAUUAUUUUUUAAAUGAUCGCUCUUUUUGCCCGCUGCUGCCGAAAUCCCGUCUUCCCAGGGUGCAUGCUGCUGGCAGGACCGUGCAGUGUUCCCAGUCCGUUUUCACUGUGUCUUAUCUUAAUUUGUCCUGAUCCGAUCUAAGCGCGAUAGCCACCACUUGCUCUCAAUUUGUAGGAUCUUUCUUCCCCUUCUUGGUUUGCUCCCGACUACCCUCGGAGUGUUUCCCUCUCUCCUUGCAUUUCCAGGGUUGCAAUUUACUCUGCCUUUUUCUUCUUCUAUUUUUUUAAACCUCCCCUUUUUUGAAUUGCUUCAUGUUACUUACUAACCAUUCCUAAAUUGUAAGAGAGAUUCAUUCCCCCUCCUCUUCCACCACCACCAGCACCACUACCACCAUCACCUCCUCCUCCUCCUCCUCCCCUUCUCUUCUCCUUUUUGGCAGCACCAGGACGUCCGGUGUGGUGGUGGCAGCGAGCAGCAAAAGCAGCAAGAGCUCGUUUUGAUUCCCCCCCUUCCAAGGUGCUUUGGAGAGACUGGUUUAAGGCUGAGCAGCAGAAGUCACGAUGAGUGCACAAGGUGAGGGACCCGGUCAGCCUUCCACUGCUGCCCAGGAGCAACCUGCAACCGCAGAGCCUCAGAAGAGAGGACGAGGCAGACCCAGGAAGCAACCACAAGAACCAACUGGUGAACCAUCUCCUAAAAGACCAAGAGGAAGACCCAAAGGAAGCAAAAACAAGAGUCCCUCUAAAGCAGCUCAGAAGAAAGCAGAAGCCACUGGUGAAAAGCGACCUAGAGGCCGGCCCAGAAAAUGGCCUCAACAAGUGGUUCAAAAGAAGCCUGCUCAGGAAGAGACUGAAGAAACGUCCUCACAAGAGUCUGCAGAGGAAGACUAGGAGACCGCACCAUGCAAUUUCUACCUCAUCAGCAGUUGGGUCUUUUGAAGGGAGAAGACACUGCCUUGACCACUUAUUUUCUAUUGCCAUGGUCUUUCCACUUUUGCCUGGGGGGGGAGGGAAGGGGG